CACUACGAGUUCAUCUUUAAAAAAAACGUACAGAUUGAAUAUCAUUGGCAUUUUAUUUUGCGUCGUCUUACACUGAAACCAAAAAGAUUCAGCUGGAAAUGGAAUUAAAUACUGAUAAUCCCCCAAACGAUGUCGGCGUCUUGGCGCCGAACGAUCAGGAGAAUGAGGACGCCAAUCGAAGGAAGGAUGAUACAGGCGCUCCAAAGACUCCAGUGGCUAGAAAAACGCGACGAGCGGUCCUCAAGCGAAUGAACGCCACUUCGGAAAAGGAUUCGCCAACUCAUCCUGAUCCUCCGAAGACACCGGGCACUCCGGGCCAUCUUCACCAAGCCACCGAAACUCCGAGACGCAGUUGCCGAAAAAGUGUGCGUCCAGCAAUCGACUACGAUGAUAUUAUAGUGCGAUCCGCCAAGAAGGCUAUUGCCGAACCACUCUCAGUCGAUCCCGAGGACGAGGAGCCAUCCGUCCAGAAGUGGACCGCCGCGGAGGUGGGAAGGAAUACGCGCAAGCGCGGCCGCAAGUCCAAGCGCAUGGCCGCCAAGAAGCAGAAAACAGAGCUCAUAAUUUCAGAGGAUAAGGAGGAUCAGGACACGGAGUUGGAGGUCCCACAGAAAAAGGUGGAUACGCCGCAGGGUGCCAAAGAAACUGCUAAGGAUCAAGCAGACAUAGUAGAGGAAGUCUCCAAAAAUCAAGAUCAACAACAGGCAGCUAACACCAAGAAGCAAAAGAUAGAUGAAGCAGACAUUGAUGAACUGGGCCUAUGCCCACUAGAUAUAGACAUCCAGGAGGAAAAUGACGCGGAGGCUGUUCAAGAUGAAGCCCAAACGAGUCCAGUCGAUGAGGAUGGUCAAAAACAUGAAGAGAGAGAUGAACAAGCUGAUGAAGCAACAAAACCAGCUGCGCUUGAUAAAGGCAAAGAAGUAGCUGCAGCUAAAGAUAAAUUAGAAACAGCAGUCGAUGAAGUUUUUGUAGAGGAAGAAAUGCCCUCACUAUUGAUGGAAAGUGAGGGCGUUGAUGAACCAAGCCACUCGCCUCUUAAUACCACAUACGAUGCAGAAGACAAGAAAGAUUCGGAUAGAAGCGUUAUUUUGGUUGUUAGUCCCGACAAGCAGCCGGAAGCGUGCACCGCCGACCUCGAUGCUAGUGUUAUACUGGUCGUUGCUACCGAUAUGGAGCCUGUAGCGAGCGCUCCAAAGCCCGCAAUUCCGGAUAAGAAGACAGCCAUUAAGGUGGUGCUCACCACUUCAGAUGAUCAGAACGAAACCCUUUUCGAUCUGGCCGAUCUAGCUUCGACAAAUGUAUCAAAGUCAAAGAAAUCGAAGGGCUAUCGAUUCCCCACGCCCUUUAAGGCAAGACCGAUGUUUAAUUUUACAGGAACAGAGGAGACAGUUCCUAAUGAUCUCAAGGCUACAGAAGAUGAACCGAAGUACAAACGCAAACGUUCCAAGUCGACCAGCCAUUGGAACGAUACCAUGUCACGAACUGUAUCCUUUCAGAGUCCCGUUGAGAUUGCCAUUGUCGAGGACAUUGAUAAGCGUUGGAAGGAACUUCAAAAGAGUAAUGUCAAUAACCGUCGUAGGCGCUCAAAGUCAUUGGACGAAAACCGCUGCAAAGUGAGCAAGAUCCCCAAGCCCAGUAAAGGUGUUAUACCGGUGAACAAAACCAUCACACCCAGCAAGGUGAAUAAGCGCACCAAGAUGCCCAAUUUUGCAGCCAUGCAUGAGAGGCAGUUUGCCAAGAUGGAGAGCCUGCUGGACCACGUCGAACGCAAGGCGGAACGCGCCAAGGUGCUAACGAAUUCUGUACAAAAGCCGAUACCAGGAUCGACGGCAAAGAAACUGAAGAGCGCCACAUCUGUCGAGGAUCGUGCUCGUUCAAGGGCUGUGAAGAAGAUAGACAUGACCGCCGAUCGAACCAUGGUAAUGGAUCAUCCGUCCGAUAAGGUGAACUCAUCACGGUUGCCUUUGAAGACCACCGCUCCCGCUCCCAACGUAGCUCCGAAGCCAGCUUUUAAUCUGACCACCUCCGCGGUGAAGACUUUCAAUGUAGCUCCGAAGCCAGCUUUUAAUCUGUCCACCUCCACGGUGAAGACAUUCAACGCCACGUUUUCCAGCAGAACAGGCGAUUCGCACGAUAACAAACUGGCUGAACGACGCCAGCGGCGCAUUGACAUGUUCAAGGGUAGGACAACCAAGGACCAGAAGGAGAAAGCAGAGUUCAUCCGCGGGGUGCGCCUCAAUCGACGUUUUGAGCUCCAAAUGCAGCACCGUCGACACCUGGAGGAGGAUUAGAUUCUUAAGUUUAAUCGUUAAUUUUACUAUUUACUUAUGCUUACCCUUAUGUAUUCGCUUUAACGUGUCAGUUUUGUCGGGAAUUCGUCGAAAAACCUGUUUAUUUUUGCUGGUUUCAAUAAAGUUGUUUACCUUUUUCAUAUUUUGUA